GGUAAUACAAAGACAGCAUGAUCACAUUGAUGGAUGUAAGGUGGAGAAGAUUCAGGAAUCCCUAUGUUUUCUGUCUGUAAUAUCAAUGUUGUCCACUUCUCCUUCCAUUCCUCCACCGUCAUAAACCCACCCACAAACAAUGGAAAUCAAAUCAUGCUUAGUUAAUACUACAACAUUGAAAAACAAUUAAUAAAAUAGAACUUGAUGAAAUGGCUCUUCUCUUCUCCAGAAGCUUCCAUUGUCUCUGGUUACCAUGCUGCAAUGUUCCACCAAAAUCUUCUGAAAGGCUUCGAAUUUAUGCUCCUAUUCCACUUCCCAAACCUUGGGUCAGCUUCACACACCAUACCCGCCUGCUUCCCAAUGCCACUUCUUCCCCAAACUCUGAUCCUGAAGAUUUUGAUAUUCUCUCUUCAACUGAACAUUCCGAUGGUAGUUUUGUGUUCCGGUUCGCCAGUGCUAAUGAGAUUAGAGAACAAUUAGAUGAAUUGAACAAAAAGAAAAAAUCAGAUGCAUUGAACAAAAAGAAAAAGAAACUCGCUCGUGAGGGUGUUUUGGAAGAAGGCAAAGCUGGUGUUCGAGCUUUGGUGAGUGAAAGUGUUAAAAAAUUGAACACUGAGGUUGAUCGUACUUUAGGGGGUGAAAUUGAGUCUUCUUCAACUGUAGUAGUUGGUGUUGCUGAUCAAAACCCUCAGCUUCUCUUGAAUGAAAAGGAGGGUGAUGUUCUUGAUAGUGAUUCUGGGCCACCAGUGACCAAUGAUUUGCAAAAGAUCGAUAGACAUUUGAAGUUGGAUUCAGUGGAGGAUGGCGAUGGUCAACGUGGAAUUUCAAGUGAAGAUGUUGGUACUGAGAGUAAUGGUGUCCCGAGUGCGUCUGAGGCGGAUUCAGAACUUGAUAGUCACCGAGAAGCUGUAGUUUCAACUGUUGCUACUGAGGCUGAUGUGGUUUCUGAUCUGAAGAGUGACGCUUUUGCAGAAGUUGAAGAGGAAGAAGAAGCUGGCAAGAGUUAUGGUGUAGAUAGAACGACAAACAACCUGGCUGCUGCUGUUGAUGCUGAGUUAAGUGAAUUGGUGCCGGAAUCCACUUUUUUAGAUUCUGAACAAGUUGGUGACAGUGCAUCAAACAACCAGACUGAUGCUGUGAAUGCUGAAUCAAGUGAAUUGGUUCCAGAAUCCACUUGUUUAGAGUCUGAACAAGUUAGUUAUAGUGCAACAAACAACCAGACUGAUGCUGUGGAUGCAGAAUUAAGUGAAUUGGUGCCAGAAUCCACUUCUUUAGAGUCUGAACAAGCUGGUUAUAGUGAAACAAACAACCUGACUGAUGGUGUUGAUGCCAACUUAAGUGAUUUGAUGCCAGUAUCCACUUCUUUAGAGUCUGAACAAGUUGGUUAUGGUGCAACAAACAACCUGAUUGCUGCUGUGGAUGCCAACAUAAGUGAAUUGUUUCCAGAAUCCACUUCUGCAGAGUCUGAACAAGUUGGUUAUAGUGAAACAAACAACAUGACUAGUGGUGUUGAUGCUGACUUAAGUGAAUUGACGCCAGUAUCCUCUUCUUUAGAGUCUGAACUAGUAGCUAAUGAUGAAGAAACAGCUCACCUCAUUGUGGGUGACUUCAUCAAUGCAAGUAAAAUGGGAAAGUCAGAAUUGUCACUUGACGAGGUUCCAUCCUCAAAUUUGGAAAACAACAUAGAUGUUGACAACACCGAAAGAAGUGAUUAUGAAAGCACAUCACAGCUUACUGUGCCACAGAUACUUUCAGCUGAGGUGGCUAGUCAUGGGGAAAAAACUUCAAAAACGGAGCUUUUCCUAAUUUCUGGUGCUGCAUGCUUGCCUCAUCCCUCUAAGGCAUUGACAGGUCGAGAGGAUGCUUAUUUCAUUUCUCACCAAAACUGGCUAGCUGUGGCUGAUGGAGUUGGUCAGUGGUCACUUGAAGAAAAUUGCACAGGGAGCAAUGCUGGACUGUAUAUCAGGGAACUCAUUGAAAAAUGUGAAAAUAUUGUGUCAAAUUAUGAAAACAAUUCAACGAUAGAACCUGCAGAAGUUAUCACCAGAGGUGCUGCUGAAACACAAUCUCCAGGAUCAUGUUCUAUUUUGGUUACUAAUUUUGAUGGACAGGUCCUUCAUGCAGCCAAUGUGGGGAACACUGGAUUUAUCAUUAUAAGAGAUGGUUCCAUCUUUAAAAAAUCAACUCCAAUGUUUCAUGAAUUCAACUUUCCAUUACAGAUAGUUAAAGGAGAUGAUCCCUCAGAACUCAUUGAGGGAUACACAAUGGAUCUACAUGAUGGUGAUGUGAUAGUAACUGCCACAAAUGGCCUCUUCGACAAUCUCUAUGAGCAAGAAAUAGCAUCAAUUAUAUCAAAAUCAUUAGAAGCUAGCUUGACACCUCAGGAAAUAGCAGAAUUCCUGGCGACAAGGGCACAAGAGGUUGGAAGAUCAACAUCCAUGAGAAGUCCUUUUGCUGAUGCAGCCCAAGCUGUUGGCUAUGUGGGAUUCAUUGGUGGCAAGCUUGAUGAUGUAACUGUUAUAGUGUCAUUAGUUCAACCUAGAUAACUAUUUCUCAUUUUUUGUUGUGUUAUCUACGUUUCAUGUGUACAUAGGAACCCAAGUUUUGUAAACUUGUUUGGGGAUCAAUUUGGUCCUCAACUGCAUGACAAUAACAUUUUAUGAUUCCUAUCUAUUCUGUAAGUUUUCAGUCGUCUUUAUUCUUAUGGACACUACUCGUGUAGUGGCAAAAUGAACAGCAAAAAUGGAAAGGGAAGAAUAAAGAACGAAAAUUUCAAUA